AAGACAUUAAUCAUACAAAUUUAUUUUAGACAUUUUCUUAGUAUUACAAUAUCUAUCUUGCAUCUACUUCACUGUUUAAAAUAUUUAAUAAAUACAAUUAUUUUUCACCGAAAAAUUCAUUACGAUUGUCGAUAUUUGAAAAUACAUAUUUUUUUUUAAAAUGGCUGCUCGAGAAGCCUCUAAAUGUGCAACUAAAAUAGUUAGACCACUAUUAUCAUCUGAUAAAUCGGAAGCUAAAAAAAGAGUUUUAAAUUUAUAUAAAACAUAUUACAGGCAAAUCCCUUUGAUGUUGUUUGAUCGUCAUUUACCCGUUACAAAAGAAGAAUGUCAAAUUAAGUUGAAAGAAGAAUUCUUGAAAAAUAAACACAUAACUGAUGUUAGAGUCAUUGAUAUGUUAGUGAUCAAGGGUCAGAUGCUGUUGCAAGAAAUUGUUACUAAAUGGGCUCAGGACUGUCAUGUAAUGACAUUAUUUAAGGAUACUGUUGAGCCAAAGCCAAAUGAUUUUUUGUCAAAAUUUGUUAAUAAUAAUGACUCUCAAUAGUUUAAUUAAUGAAUAAUUUUUCUAUUAGCUGAUUCAUUUAAUUGCAUAUACUUAGGUACAUAAAAUGCAAAUGCGUUCUUUGUUGUAACAUAUAAUAUAAAAAGUAGAUUCAAAUUGAAAA